CAAAUAUGUCGGGAAUUUUGGCUGCUGCUAAAGCAGGAAAUUUUCAGGAAAUAAAACGGUUGGUUGAAUCUGGUGUUGAGGUUAAGGAUUGUGAAAGCAGUGACAAUGUUUGCGAUAGUCCUCUUCACUAUGCUGCUAAAAUGGGUUCACUAAGCAUCGUCACAUAUUUAGUUGAACAUCGUGCAAAUGUGAAUUUUAAAAAUGAGUGGGAUAAUACUGCUCUUCACCAUGCUGUUGAGUCGGAUUCAUUGGUAAUUGUCAAAUAUUUAGUUGAAAAUGGUGCUGAUGUAAAUUGUAAAAGCAAGAGUAAGGCCACUGCUCUGCAUUUUGCUGUUAGAAAUGGUAAACUAGCAACAGUCGAAUAUUUAGUCGAGAAUGGUGCUAAGGUUACAACCAAAGGACGUCGUGGAGAAAAAACAGUUCUAUAUUGGGCGUGUAGAAAGGGGAAUGAAUUAAUAGUUGACUACCUUCUGCACCAUGGGGCGAGCAAAGACAUUCAUAAGACAGAUCGUUCGGGGCGUUGUUGUUUGGUUAAAGCAUGCUAUGAAGGCUAUACUGGUGUAGUUCAAACGUUUCUGAAGUUUAAAGUUGAUAUACGUAAGGAGGUGGAACUUCUAUGUGGCAAUAAAGAGAUCGUCAAUAUUCUCAAUCUGGAACUAAACAAGUCCAGUAAACAUCGCGAGAAAAUUGAGAAAUUAAAAGCAUUGAGUGAUGAAAAGUUGACAAAGGUAAUACAUUUUCAACUAAAUUUUCCCCGAGCCAACCUUGUGGGCGUAAGCCCAGGCCACAGAGUAGAGACAUACCGAGACGUAACUAGAUACUAGGCAAGUUACUAGAUGCAUGCUCACUUUAAACUUGCUGAGCACGCGCAGUUAAUCAUUUUUCGCCGCCCAGUCGCCUGAAAAAAAGUAGGUACAUGAUAACGUAAUCUUUCGCUGUGUUUACGACGGUCAGUUACGUCUCUGUAUGUCUCUACUUUGUGCCCAGGCCGAGGGUACCACUUCUUUCAAGACCAAUCCCACAUUAACUAAAAUUUUGAACUCAACAAGUCUGGACAAAAUUUUCAUCCAAAGUUUCGUUGCGAAAUGUUGUAAUAUGCGGAUAAUAUAGCCUUGCGAAAUUUGCAAUUUUCAGUCAUUUUGUUUUACAAACGGGAAAUGUUUACCACUUCCGUGCGUUAUACAAAAUGACUGAAAAUUACAAACUUUGCAGGGCUAAAUUAUCGCAAUGAAACUUUGGAAUAUUACUAAUUUUGUGAUGCUCUUUCAAGCUGUGAUGAAAUUUCUGUUUAGGCUAAUUGAAAUCAAAAUUUUGGAAAAGUGGUAAUCGUUUCCCGCUCGUAAUACAAAAUGACUGAAAAUUGCAAAUUUCGCAAGGCUAUAUUAUCCGCAUUUUACAACAUUUCGCAACGAAACUUUGGAAUAGUACUAAUUUUGCGAUGCUCUUUCAUGCUGUGAUGGAAUUUUGUCUAGACUUGUUGAGAUCAAAAUUUUGAUUAAUAUGGGAUUGAUCCAAAAAAUCAAUCGGAAACCCGAAAAAUCGAUUGAUGAGACGAGCAGCCAAACAGUUUAUUUGUCUCCGCUUUAUAACAAAAUAAUCAGGGAUAAUACAUUGCAGAAAAUCAUAAACCCUAAGCGUAUAAAAUGAACAAGACAGCGUGUUAAGUACUAUUUAAAACACGAGUAGGAGUGUUUUAUCAGAUAUAAAACGCGAAGCGCAGCCGACCGUUUUAUAUAUGAUAAAACACGACAACGAGUGUUUUGAGUAGCUUAAAAUACGAGUACAAAAGAAUGCCAAUUAAGGAUGAACAAUUAUAUAAUCAUACUAAUUAGGAUGAACAAUUAUAUAAAGAUUACUAAUGAAGAUGAGUUUUAUCAGACAUAAAGUCACUCCACUUGACAUAUUAUGGCUGACAUGAUUUGCCACAAGCUAAGGUUUAUGAAUUAUUAAUGAUAUUUUAAGUGUAUUUUAUUAAUUACCAUAUUUACGCGUUUAAGCGCCCACCUAUAUUACUACUUAAGCUAACAAUAAUCGACUUUUGCUUGAAAAGAAGGAUCUCAGCUAUGGCUCUGUCAAAAUUGCGAAUAUUUUGCACAGAAGUUCGCAGUUUCCUGCCAAAAACUUAGUACCGCUGCAUAUUAACUCAGCAACUGUUUAUAUUUGGUGAAACUUCCGAAGGAGAGAGGGAACAUCCGGAACUCCCAUCCUUUUUGCAGUAUAAAUAGUAGCUAGCUGCUGACAGACUAGCGACAAAAACUGAGCACGGAGCGGACGACAUUUGCAGUGGCGCCGCUAGCUCGAUAAUUGGGGGGGGGGCACAUAGUCAUUUAUUCGUGUUCUGCAUUGUUAAUUUUCUUUGAAAUCGAUUGUUUUUAAUGUCUGUGAACACGAAUAUAUGAAUGUUGCCCCCCCCCCCCCAAUUAUUGCGCUGGUGACGCCACUGGACGUUUGCGAAACAUGAAUCAUAUGAAGUACCUUAAUUUGGUAUUUCAGAGUUUUACUUUUGAUUAUUAGGCAGUCUAUUAUAUAAGCUAAACUAACAUAUUAUUUUUUUGACAUUCUUAAAGAAACUAUGGCAUACGAGUUUUACAACAUUUGUAAAUAAUGUUUAUUUAAUCUACCGCAGGUUGGAUCAACAUUAAAGUGUUUUUCCGCAAAGAAAGAUUUUCUGCUCGGAAGAGGUUGUAUGGGCACAUUUGUUUAUGUUGGUAUCAUGGAAGAUGGCAGUGAAGUAGCUGUAAAAAGGAUUUUGGUACCAGCAUCUGAAGAUUUAGCUGAAAAUGAGAAAAAUAUCCUGAGUCGAGUCGUGUCACCAUUUAUAGUGAGCUAUCGAACUUUUCUCGAAGACGCAACCUUCGUUUAUUUAAUUGUUGAUCUGUGUGAAGAAACAUUGAAGGAACAUGUUGAAUCCAAAACUAUUGAAUUCUUGAGAGAGUAUGGUCCAAGAAUGAUCAAACAAAUCCUAAGUGGGCUUAAAUCUCUCCAUGAUCUUGGAAUUUUGCACCGAGAUCUCAAACCAUUGAACGUGUUGGUUGAUAUUGAGGGUCGCAUGAGAUUGACAGACUUUGGACUAAGUCGCGUUCUAAAUGAAGACUCAACCACAGUUGAUACAUUAGGGAAAGGAACCCUAGAAUGGAUGCCCGCUGAAGUAAUUAAAGCAAGGAAUGCGAAAGAGAUAGGACGUUUUAAAAAGAAAUCUGAUAUUCAUGCUGCAGGAAUGAUCGCUUUCUUUAUUUUAACCGAAGGUGAACAUCCCUUUGGUCUUUGGCCUGAUCGUAUGAGAAAUAUUUUGGCUGGAAAUCCAAUUUACUUGGUCAAUCUUGAAGAUCCUAAGGCUAAAAAGUUUGUAUCAUGGUUGAUCUCUCAUAAGAUUGAUGAUAGACCUUAUGCCGAAGAAGCAUUGAGUCAUCCCUUUUUGGAUCAAGUAGAAAUUUAUGAAGAGCUUCAUAAGCCGAUAAUCUCAUUGACUGGUCGAUGAAGUUCCGAUGUAAAAACGUUCAACGUUUUGCAAUUUCCAUAUUAAAGACACAACUUAUUAUCCUUUUACAGUGCGUCUACUGUAAGUGGGGCCACUUAGAGAACACUAACCAAUCACAUUGCAGAACAGAAAGUGAAAAAAUCAACAAACGGCGCAUUAGCCAAUCAGCAUUAGGGCAAAAACAAUUCGAACAAAUAAACGAA